AAAAUAAUCCAAUCGACACGAACGCCGUCCUGUUGCCUCGCCCCCCCCCCGCCCCCCCAAAAAAGGCGGUUCGUUCCAAACAUCUGGAGGGGAUACCUUAUUAUUCAUAGGAUUCUCUUGCAUCUUUUUUUUGUGCUCAUUUGCUGUCUCUAUUCUAUAACUUGUAGUUGUUGUCUUGUUCUUUUAUUCUUACCUUGGUGAAGUUAACAAUGGUUAGUUCUCGUAACUAAGCAUUCACUUCUAUCCCCUUCUCCUUUUUCUGAUGGCGUCGCUCGUUACCGACUUUCUUGUCAACCCGGUCAUACGACAAGCAAGACGGUUCUCACGAUCAUCAGGUAACCUUACCACUUCUGACCCCGUCCCGUCUCCCGAAACAGCUAGCAAGCACAAAGAAUGCCAAGACGAGGUUACAUCGGAGACGGAGGAAGAUUCAUACUUGGACGACGAAGUAGAUGAGAGCAUACCGUCCUCUCCCUCGUCACGGAGCUCCGUUCACCCAAAUCCACACAAUGAAGUAGCUGACCUGGAUGAGAAUAUCUCCCAGUUCGACGCCACAAACCGUACCCUCGCUCGCAAUCCUGAUACCGAUCUCCAAGACCAUGACAUUCCAAACCUCAACGCGCAUGCCAGUUCCCUGUCUAUAGGUGGUUCGACUAUGGCGACAAAUCCGCUAUUACCACCGGCGGACCUAGCUGCGGGAAUAGAACGGCGGAAGUCCUUACCGGAGGAUGAUGGGAUGAGCUCGUUGAGAAAACGUAUAUUUGCCAUCCAAGCACAGGAUGUGGAGCCAGCCGAGAAAGCCCGUCUAAUGCACCAGCUGCUGAUGGAAGGUUAUACGAAAUCAACAAAGGUAGUCCUGACGGAACGACCUUUAACGCCUUCCAGCCCCACAACUUCAGAACAGCGACGUUCCCAAGGUCCCCUAGAGUCCUUCAAAUUUUGGCAACAUGCUUCGGAUGAACCGGAGCCACUGGAAGAAUUUGAUUUGACAGCCGAGGACCUUCAGCCUACAUUUGCACCACCAAAGGAAAUACCAGACGAAACUGGUGAAUAUGUGGAAGAUCCUGAAGACGAUCGACCUCUUGGUUGUGAGCAUUAUAGGCGAAAUGUUAAACUACAAUGCUCCACGUGUAAUCGGUGGUACACGUGUCGUUUCUGCCACGAUAAGGUAGAGGACCAUAAUCUGAUCAGAAAGGAGACUAGAAACAUGCUGUGUAUGUAUUGCGGUACUGCCCAAAGAGCUAGCGAUGUUUGUAUAUCCUGCGGUGUAUCGGCUGCGCGCUAUUAUUGCAAUAUAUGCAAAUUGUGGAAUGACGACCCGGACAAGCCCGUCUAUCACUGCAAUGACUGUGGUAUCUGCAGGAUCGGAAGGGGUCUUGGCAAGGACUUCUUCCAUUGUAAGACUUGCUCUACAUGCAUCGGCAUAGGCCAGGAAACAGACCACAAGUGCAUCGAGAGAUCCACCGACUGCGACUGUCCCAUCUGCGGUGACUACAUGUUCACUUCCCCUAAAGCUAUAUGCUUCAUGAAGUGCGGACAUAGUAUCCACCGGCAAUGCCUGGACCAACAUAUGAAAGUCGCCUACAAAUGCCCGAUAUGCAACAAGAGCUUAACGAACAUGGAGCUGCGGUUUCGGAAUCUCGAUAUCGCGAUCCAAACCCAACCCAUGCCAGCCGAGUUUCAGGAUACCCGAGCGUUAAUUUUAUGCAACGAUUGUUCUACCAAGAGCACGGUCAAAUAUCAUUGGCUUGGGCUGAAGUGCGGCCUCUGCGCCUCGUAUAAUACAGCACAACUUCGGAUACUUGGUAUGGUCGACGACGCAAUCGAAACCGAUCUGCUCGGGCGGGAAAUAGAGUUUUCCGAACUGACGGCUUUGCGAGGAAUUGCGGAAGGAGUGGAUGGUGGCGCCCGGGCCCGCGACAUAAGGAGGCGUCAUUCGUCUACCGUCGCGCGGUCUACCAUAAACCAGUCCAUCAUGGAGUCGGAUUAUCCCGACAGACAAGCGCGCUCCGUGUCCCCGCCUGGUUGGAACACCACUUCGGGAUAUUUCAUCACGGAAGCAGACGACGAGGACAGGGAGGAUAUAUUAGGAUUUUGGAGCCGGCUCCCUCGUAGCAUAACCUCCGACGAUGACGAGGACGAUGCGAAUUAUUCCGAAGAGGAGUCUAUAUCAUCCUCGGAAGACGAAGAGGACGAGGAUGAAGGAGAUGAGGAUGAGGAAAUAGACGAUUUUGAACUGCUUGGCCACCGCUAAUAAAGCGGUAGCGGGUAACAGAUUAAGGGGGACGUUAUAUUGAUUGAUUGUAUUGGGGCGGUUUUAGGAUUGAACACACAUACUUACACACACUCAUACAUUGGGAAACGGCGUUUUAGGGGUGGUACGAAGCAUUGGAGCCAAUGAUAAAGAUUACAUGCCUACAUACAGCGCUGGAGAGUUAUUUUUUAUUUUUUAUUUUUUUGGAAAGCGGAGGGGGAGGGGAGGGGCAAAAUAAGCUAGAGCAUCCGGCAUACAAUAAGAACACCGGUUUGAGGCAUGCAGAUUGGCAUAUAUAUAGGUGUAGAGGAAAGAGUGGUUAUUAUGUCUUCACCCAUUCCCGGUGCCCGCGAACUUUGGGGAGAAUGUUUUACGAUUAAGGUACCUACCUUAGGAGGUAGGUAUAUAUAUACCUUUUAUAUGUAUGAGUUGCGAAUGAACCACUUAACCAAGAUUUAGG